UUAAUUCAAUGUUAAUCAUUUUUACAAAAAAAAAGUAUGGAAAGUGUAUCACUUUCGACUUUCUAAACAGCUGUCAUAACCUGAUCUGUCAAAAUUAUGACAAUUGUGUACGUAAACAACAGUCAGUUCAUUCACUUUAAAUAAUUGAAUUACCAAUAAAAGUGCAGCAAAGCUCGCUCCUUAUCGUCGUAAUUAUAAAUCCCAUCAAAAUCCUUUCUCAGUACAUUCGUGAACGUAGUGAGUGACGUGUGUGGUUAUAACCUCAAAACAAGAUGCAAAGACGGUGCACCCUACUCGCCCUCAUCCUCGCCCUGUCAAUCCACCUCGUGAACAACGCAUCUCUCUCCAUUUACGAGCAAAAAAAAUACAAACAAUUUCUCGAAGGCCAAGGUCUCUACUCCCCCGACGACGACGUCGUCAUCCUCACAGUGCACAACUUCAAAUCUCAAGUAAUGGGCAGCAACCACGCCUGGCUUGUCGAGUUCUACAACAGCUGGUGCGGCUUCUGCCAGCGCUUCGCCCCCUCGUGGAAAGCCCUCGCGACCGAUGUGAAGGGCUGGAGCGACUUGGUGAAAAUCGCAGCCUUGGAUUGCUCAGUCGACGAGAACACACCGAUUUGUCGCGAAUACGAGAUCAUGGCGUACCCCACAUUGAGGUACUUCCACGAGGGGUACCAACCCGGGCCCCAAAACCUCGGCGUGGCGGUGCAAAAAGGCGACGAUGUGGUGGCCCACCGACAUUACCUCAUCGAGAGGCUUGUGACCGAGCAAAGGGAGCACCGAGGGGGGCUUUACCCGAAUUUGUUACCCUACGAACAGUCCACUCUUGAACGAGUCUUUGACGGGAGUGAGGCCCAAUUUGGGUUUUUGGUGGUCGAAAAACCGGGGAGUUUUUUAGGGGCUGAGGUUACUCUCGACUUACACAAAACCCCCAUCGUUAUCAGAUACACAUUUGAUAACAAUACAAGUCUUUUGAACAAGUUUGGGAUUAGUACAAUUCCGAUUGUGAUCAGUUUUGAUCGCAAUUUGAAUUAUCAAGUCCAUACAAGUGCAAGGUCAAGACAAGAGAUCAAGCUUGUGAUUGGUCAAUUUUUGCAAAAGAAACAUGUGAGAGUCACGGAUGAGACUCCGAAACAGGAGAUUUUCACGGGGAAGUGGCUCGAUGUCGAAGUCCCUGACAUGUCUUCACUGAUCCAGGAGCGUGCAAAGCAGGCCUUGAAAGAGAGGAUUAAGAGUAUGGGUGAUGUCGUGUUCCAAAUGGACCUUGAAACGGCCCUUCGCUACUCCCUUAAACACGAAAUCGCGACAACUAAACUCAUCGAAGGCGAGAAAUUGCAAGUUUUGCGCUCUUAUUUAAACAUCCUCCGGAAGUACUUCCCCUUUGGCCGCGGCGGCCAACUCUUCCUCACCGAACUGGCGAUGAAAGCUUCGGCCGAUUCCGUCCCCGGCUCGGAACUAGCCGAAGUGAUAACCCGAGCCGAGGGUGAGACCAGUUACGUGUUUUCCUCCCCCCAGCAAUGGUUGGCGUGUCGGGGGAGUUCCCCGGCUUUCCGGGGCUACCCUUGCGGUUUAUGGAAGUUGUUCCAUUUCCUAACGGUGAAUUCAGCGGAGCAGAAUGUAAAUAACCGACGCGCUGACCCGUUGGAAGUCCUAAAUGUGAUGCACGGCUACGUGAAGAACUUCUUCGGGUGUCACGAUUGCAGUCAGCACUUCCAGGAGAUGGCGUUGCGGAGAGAGAUGCACAACGUGUCGUCGUUGGACUCGUCGGUGAUGUGGCUGUGGAUGGCGCACAACGAGGUGAAUAAGCGUCUGGCUGGGGACCAGACGGAGGAUCCCGAGUUCCCGAAGGUGCAGUUCCCGUCGAAGGAGAGGUGUCCGACGUGUCGGAAUAACAAUAAUUGGGAGUUGUUGGAGGUGUUGAAGUAUAUCAAGCAGAUGUAUAACGGGAUUAAUGUGAGGUACAUCGGGUCGGACACGACGCUCCUCCACGUCGGCUUGGAGGGGGGGAAGGCGGCGUCGAGCGGAUCCAGCAGCGUUUUUAGACAGUUAGAUAUGACGAGGCUAUCGGAAAAAGCCGUACGUUUACGACCUGUUGGGUAAAGUGUGAUUGAUGAUGGUGGAGGGGCCCUGGAAAUGGACAACGAACAUUUGUGAUUUACUAGGUUUAAGUUACAUCACAUUCUUUUGUUUACCAAAGAAUACUACUUUGUUAUGUAAAUAUUUUAGUUGUUUAGUCGAUUGCAUUUUAUUUGUUGGGUAGGUACAAGAUCAAGGUUGUUUUAUAUUUUUGCAACAAAACGUGACUGAUUACGUAUUUUAAAUUUUUUGCCGGUUUUUUAUUGUAUUUAUUGACUAUUUUAUACAAAGUGUUUUAUGCUUGAUUAAGUGAAAUGCAUGUAAAUAAUAAAAUACAAUUGAGAGUACAACUACUUUCUUAUGUAA